AUGCCUUUUCCGCCUAGCGCUGCACUGAAGCCAAUCUCGAAGAGAUUUCAUAUGCCUGAUAUCCCAAAGUAUAACGGGACUACCGACACAAACGAGCACGAGACUGCAUACACAUACUCUAUUAAAGGCAAUGAUCUCGCCGAGGACGAGAGGGAGUCGGUGUUGCUUAAGAAGUUCGGGGAAACCCUGUCCAAGAGAGCAAUGAUAUGGUAUCACAACUUGCCUGAACAUUCGAUUGACUCAUUUGCCAUACUUGCGGAUGCUUUUGUCAAAGCUCAUGCCGGAGCCAUUAAGGUCGAAACUCAAAAAUCGAAUUUGUUCAACGUUAAGCAGCGAGAUAAUGAAACCCUCCGUGAGUUUGUGGCCCGAUUUCAAAUAGAGCGUAUGGAUUUACCUCCGGUCACUGAUGAUUGGGCCGUUCAGGCUUUUACUCAGGGAUUGAACUCAAGAAGUUCGAUUACAUCUAUGGAGCUAAAGCAAAAUCUGCGCCCUAGUAAAGGGAAUGAUCGAUCAAGGAGAAUAACAGAUCGAGAGUCGAGACCAUCAUAUGAUAGGUAUCAGCCUUAUCCACCUGAUCGAAGGAGUAACGGACGCAACGGCGAACCAAUUAAGAAUGAUAGGAGGAGCGAUCAAGACCAAAAUAAUCACGGAGUGAUGAAUAGAAAUGCUGUCGACAGAUCCUCAGGGAACAAAGAGAUCCCGAUAUUGUCCGAAUAUAAUUUCUGCGUCGAUGUUGCGACCAUAGCCGCGGCCAUUAGUCGCAACCGAGAAACAAAGCACCCAAGGCCAAUCCAAUCUGACCCUGAAAAAUGGGAUAAGAGCCUGAUCUGUAAAUACCAUCACACCCACGGUCAUCGAACCGAAGAUUGCCGACAGUUAAGAGAGGAGGUAGCUCGUCUAUUUAAUUUAGGCCACCUUCGAGAGUUCUUAAGUGAACGAGCCAAAACUCACUUCAAGAACGUGGACGCCAACAAGCAAGAUAGGCCGGAAGAGCCUCAGCAAGUGAUCCACAUGAUCAUGGGAGGAACGGACAUUCCCCAGGGGCCGGUAGCUCGGCCAAUAUCACCUAAUGGAGUGUCAUCGAGCAAUUUGGGACUAUUAGAUCAGAUCGUGCCAGCAGUCCGAGUCCUCAACGAAUUCAACAUGGCCUGUGAAAUGACGAAGGGUGAGAUCACUUUACCGUUCAACACGGCCGGAACUACGCAGCAGACUAAAUUUUAUGUGAUAGAGGGAGAUAUGAGAUACAAUGCAUUAUUGGGAAAACCAUGGAUUCACCUCAUGAAAGCGGUCCCCUCAACUCUGCAUCAGGCGUUGGAGUUCUCGACCUCAAAAGGGAUCAAAACCGUUCAUAGUGAGCAACAGGCCGCAAAGGAGAUGUUCGCGGUCGAACAAGCUGUUACAACGGCAAAGAUACCGGAAUGGAACGAAGGGGAAAGUGCCAAAUAG